UACACACCAUUGAGGUGCGUAUUGUUAAAUUCCCUCUGUAUCGUUGAUGACAACACUCCAGUCCGGUAGGUGGCGGUAAAGUCACCUUAAGUUGGUUGCCAUUUGCCAAUAAAACACAAAAGAAGAAGACAGAACAAACGGAGUGGAAAGCGGAACCAAAACAUGCGAGUCGGCUUCAGUUUCUCCCCGGCGUGUAAACAACUACGGAACGCAGCGGAAGAAGGUCCAUCGUGCAGAAAGGCUGACCAUGUGCUAACAGCGUUAGCAUUCUGCUGCUACGUCUUCUCGAUUUACUUCCCAACAUGGAGAACAUUACAGACGGAACAUGGGACACUUUACCUGUCCAACUAAACGAGAAGAUUUUACAAACGCUUGAGGUGAAAUUUACCUUCAUGACACCUGUACAGUCGGCUUGUAUUCCGCUGUUCAUGAACAAUAAAGACGUUGCUGCUGAGGCGGUCACCGGCAGUGGGAAGACUUUGGCUUUCGUCAUUCCUGUUAUAGAGCUGCUGCUGAAGCGCGAGGAGAAACUCAAGAAGAAACAGGUCGGUGCUCUGGUGAUCACUCCCACACGAGAACUGGCCCUGCAGAUCAGUGAAGUGAUGGGAAUGUUUAUCCAGAAGUUUCCAGAGUUCACGCAGAUUUUGCUGAUUGGUGGCAGCAACCCGGCAGAAGACGUGGAGAAGUUUAAAGAGCAUGGCGGCAACAUUGUGAUUGCGACGCCGGGCCGCCUGGAGGACAUGUUCAGGAGGAAGUCAGAGGGGCUGGAACUGGCCAGCGCAGUCAGGAGCCUGGAUGUUCUGGUUCUGGAUGAAGCUGACCGGCUGCUCGACAUGGGCUUUGAGGCCAGCCUGAACAGCAUCCUGAGCUACCUGCCCAAACAGAGACACGGCCUCUUCUCAGCCACCCAGACCCAGGAGCUGGAGAAGCUGGUGAGGGCCGGCCUCAGGAACCCCGUCCGCAUCACGGUCAAAGAGAAGGGUCAGGCCGCCUCGGCCACCCAGAAGACCCCGGCCCGCCUCUCCAACUACUACACCAUGUGCAGAGCACAGGACAAGUUCAACAACCUGGUGGCUUUUCUAAGGCAACACAAGCAUGAGAAGCAGCUGGUCUUCUUCAGCACCUGCGCCUGUGUGGAGUACUUCGGCCGAGCCCUGGAGUCGCUGGUCAAGAAGGUCACCAUCCUCUGCAUCCACGGCAAGAUGAAAAAUAAGCGCAGCGGCAUUUUAGACUUUAGGGCCUUAAAGAGUGGGAUCUUGGUGUGCACCGACGUCAUGGCCAGAGGCAUCGACAUCCCCGAUGUGAACUGGGUUCUGCAGUACGAUCCCCCCAGCAGCGCCAGUGCUUUUGUGCAUCGAUGCGGGAGAACGGCGCGUAUCGGUAACCAUGGCAACGCCCUCGUCUUCCUGCUGCCAAUGGAGGAACCCUAUGUCAACUUCUUGUCCAUCAACCAGAAGUGCCCGCUGCAGAAGAUGUCUCCUAUAAAGGACGUGGUGGACGUGACGCCCAAGGUGAAGGCCAUGGCCCUGGCCGACCGCGCCAUGUUCGACAAAGGCAUGAGGGCCUUUGUGUCGUACGUCCAGGCUUACGCCAAACACGAAUGCAGCCUCAUCUUCAGAGUAAAAGAUCUGGAUUUUGUGUCCCUGGCCAAAGGCUUCGCGCUGCUCCGCCUGCCGAAGAUGCCCGAGCUGAAGGGGAAAACGUUUCCCGACUUCGUGGAGACGACGGUGGACACGGACAGCAUCCGCUACAAGGACAAAAACCGACAGAAGCAGAGGCAGAAGAUGCUGGCCGAGCAGAAAAACAAAGAGAAGACGGAGCUUCCCAAGAAGAACUUUGUCAAGAACAAGGCCUGGUCCAAGCAGAAGACCAAGAAGGAGCGCAAGAAAAAACGCGGCGCCAAAAGGAAACACGACGAGGACUCCGACAUGGACGAAGAAUACAUGAAGGAGCUUUUAGAAGACACUCGCCUCCUUAAGAAACUAAAAAAAGGCCAGAUCAGCGAGGAAGACUUCGAGCAACAGCUCACGAACUCCAAGCAGGAAGCAGGCGGACCAUAA